AUGGGCCGAGGUGGUGAAGACGCCCCUGGAGACUUCGUCCCCCAGAAGGUUGUCAGGUGUUACAUCCUGUCCACUGCAGACAACGUAUUGACUUUGUCGCUGCGAUCAUCCAGAACAAACCCGGAGACGAAAAGCAAAGUAGAAGAUCCAGAGAUUAACUCCAUCCAGGAUAAGGAAGGGCAGCUUCUGAGGGGCUACGUAGGGUCCAUCCAGCCACAUGGUGUGUUCUUUCGCCUUGGCCCCUCCGUUGUGGGUUUGGCUCGGUACUCCAAUGUCUCCCAGCACAGCCCGUCCAAGAAAGCCCUUUAUAACAAACACCUCCCCGAAGGGAAGCUGCUCACAGCCAGGGUCCUACGCCUUAACCACCAGAAGAACCUGGUAGAGCUGUCUUUCCUCCCCGGAGACACUGGGAAGCCGGACGUGCUUUCUGCUUCCCUGGAAGGGCCACUUCCAAAGCAAGAGGAGAGGAAAACAGAGGCUGAGGAGAGAGACCAAAAAGGGGAAAAAAAUCAGAAAAGGAACGAGAAGAAGAACCAGAAGGGGCAGGAGGAGGUGGAGCUGCCCAGCAAGGAGAAGCAACAGCCCCAGAAGCCACAGGUGCAGAAGCGGGGCAGGCGGGAGCGCCGGGAGUCUGGGAGUGAGCAGGAAAGAGUGAGCAAGAAGCCAAAGAAAGCCGGCUUAUCAGAGGAGGACGACAGCCUUGUGGACGUGUACUAUCGGGAGGGAAAAGAGGAGGCAGAAGAGACGAAUGUGCUGCCCAAGGAGAAGCAAACCAAGCCAGCAGAAGUGCCCCGGCUACAGCUAUCUUCAGGCUUCGCUUGGAAUGCGCGACUAGACUCUCUGACCCCGGCCUUGCCACCUCUAGCAGAGAGCUCAGACAGCGAGGAGGAUGAGAAGCCACACCAAGCCACGCAGAAAAAGAAAAGCAAGAAAGAAAGGGAAUUGAAGAAGCAGAAGGCAGAGAAGGAACUGUCCCGCAUUGAGGAGGCGCUGAUGGAUCCUGGGCGGCAGCCAGAGUCGGCGGAUGAUUUUGACCGACUGGUGCUGAGUUCCCCCAACAGCUCCAUUCUGUGGCUGCAGUACAUGGCUUUCCACCUGCAGGCCACGGAGAUCGAGAAGGCCCGUGCCGUGGCUGAGAGGGCCCUUAAGACCAUCUCCUUCAGAGAGGAGCAGGAGAAGCUGAAUGUGUGGGUGGCUCUGCUGAACCUGGAGAACAUGUACGGCUCUCAGGAGUCCCUGACCAAGGUCUUCGAGCGAGCCGUGCAGUACAAUGAGCCUCUCAAAGUCUUUCUGCACCUGGCUGACAUCUACACCAAGUCAGAGAAAUUCCAGGAAGCUGGUGAACUCUACAACCGGAUGCUGAAGCGUUUCCGGCAGGAGAAAGCUGUGUGGAUCAAAUACGGCGCCUUCCUUCUGCGGAGGAGCCAGGCUGGGGCCAGUCACCGCGUGCUGCAGCGAGCCCUGGAGUGCUUGCCUAGCAAGGAGCAUGUGGAUGUCAUUGCCAAGUUUGCCCAGCUUGAGUUUCAGCUGGGGGACGCAGAGCGGGCCAAAGCCAUUUUUGAGAACACACUGAGCACCUACCCAAAGCGCACAGAUGUCUGGUCGGUCUAUAUCGACAUGACCGUCAAGCACGGCAGCCAGAAGGACGUCCGGGACAUCUUUGAGCGGGUCAUUCAUCUGAGCUUGGCCCCCAAGAGAAUGAAGUUCUUCUUCAAGCGCUACCUGGACUACGAGAAGCAGCAUGGCACUGAGAAGGAUGUGCAGGCAGUCAAGGCCAAGGCCCUGGAGUAUGUGGAGGCCAAGAGCUCAGUGCUAGAGGACUAGUGGCAGGCUGGCUCUGUGGGACACUGUUAACAAUGGGCCAGCCCGGCCCCACCUCGAGUGCCCUGGGCACUUGGAAAACUGUUAACCUCAGGACUCUAUUUAAAUGCUGCUUUUUCUGCAUUUAAAUAGAGAAUGGGGGAAUCCUGUCAGGAUGAAAAGGAAUUUGAGAUUUUUUAAAUUCCUCUUCGCUUGCUUUAUUUUCAGUACCAACUUGUUAUCUUUUUCCUUAUCUGAGGCUACUUGGGGCUUGUGGGCAGCAGGCCCCUGGACUCCCAGAAAUGCUGAGGGUCCCUCUUCCAGGGGAGUUCCCUGGGGAGCAAGAGUGUAGGGGCUACUCCUGAGGGUCUUGUGGUCAGGGUCCUGCUUUGUCCCUGGCAGGCUGUCAGUCCAGCCGGAGGGCGUCAGUAGGCUCCAGGGAGUGGGCCCUCCCCUCUGAUCUUGGAGUCUCUGGGCGUUCCUUCAGCCUCAGCCUCACUGGUACCUUCUGGCCUUUAGGGGAGGCUAUGAAUCUGGGAUAGGAGGACAAAUUCAGAGCCCAGAGGGGAAAAUGGAGAAACCUGGGCUGCUGAGGAAAGCCACGGGUGUUGGCGUGAACUGAUGUCUCAUCCCACGCCCACUAUGGCCACAUUACCUAACCUCUCCAUAUCUGGGCUAUUCAAGGUCUUGGAGGCCAGCACAGACCCAGCUAGUUGUUGAAGCCAGUUCUUUUUUGGCUUGGUCAUGAGGGAAUUAAAAGUUUUCUCUGGCAGAGC